AUGGAUAUUUUCAAAUCCCGCUCCGAUACCCCAACGACAACUGCCAGUCAAGCCCAACAGUCGCCGAAGAGACGAAAGAUCAUCGUUGCCUUCACUGGUGCAACAGGAUCCAUUUUGGGAGUCAAGACUCUCAUUGCUCUCCGCCAACUCAACGUGGAAACCCAUCUGGUGAUCAGCAAAUGGGCCGAAGCAACCAUCAAAUACGAGACAGACUACACCAUUCCUAAUGUCCGUGCACUUGCUGACCAUGUCUACAAUAUCCAUGACAUGGCUGCACCGAUAGCCAGCGGCUCAUUUCGCGUCGAUGGCAUGAUAAUCGUGCCAUGCAGUGUCAAAACACUAGCUUCAAUCAGCUCCGGCAUCUGCGAUGAUCUUAUCUCUCGCGCGGCAGACGUCAUUCUAAAGGAGCGACGCACGCUUGUUCUAGCUGUCCGGGAGACUCCUUUGAGUUCCAUUCAUCUACGAAAUAUGACGACCGUUACAGACGCAGGUGCUAUCGUGUUCCCUCCUGUGCCUGCUUAUUACAUCAAGCCAUCAUCAAUAGAUGACUUGGUUGAUCAUAGUGUUGGGCGAAUACUGGACCUUUUUGAUUUGGAUACUGCUGCAUUCGAACGAUGGGGUGGGUUCAAAAAGGAGUGA